GUCAACGAGACAUGUCUGCACCUACCCGGAGCGGACAAGGUCAUGCUUAUGCUCAAGACCGGCGCAACAGAGCUGUAUCAGAAACUGCCAACGCACUUUGUAACCACUCUGAAGUGCACUCCGCAUUUCAUCGUCUUCUCUGAUCUGGAACAAAGCUUUGCCGACACCAAAAUCCACGAUGCGAUCAAGCCGGUCAGCAAGAGGGUCAGGGGGAAACAUGGAGAUUUCAAGAUGUACAGAGAGAUUGCGAAAUGGCACGCUGAGGGCCAGGAUCUAGGCAAGCUGAUGGGCGACUCAGGCUGGAAUCUGGAUAAGUGGAAAUUCUUGCCCAUGUUUCACGAGACCUUUGAGAAUGCGCCAGACCACAUACAGUGGUUUGUAAUGAUAGAGGCCGACACAAGCCUGCACUGGCUGAACCUACUGCUCUGGCUGCAAUCCAUGGAUUCUCAGCAGCCAUACUAUCUCGGAGCGCAGAAUGUCAUAGGCGACACCACCUUUGCCCACGGAGGCAGCGGGAUUGUGGUCUCAAGGAAAGCAGCCGACAUUCUAGAGGCCGCGCGAUACAAUGCCGGAAAAGAGUUGUACGAUGAGAAAUGGGAGGACCAGACAGCAAUAUCAUGCUGCGGUGACGAGAUCGUCGCUCGUGCUUUCAAAGCAGUCGAUAUUCCCUUGACACCAGCUUGGCCGUUGAUCCAAGGUGAGACAAUCAGCACUGUCGACUUCACCCAACAUCACUGGUGCACACCACCCAUGACUUUCCACCAUGUCAGUCCUAUCGAAGUCGACACGUACUGGCAAUUUCAGAUCGACUGGGCCGCAGAGCAUGGAUGGAGGACGCCAUACCUGUAUCGCGACAUCUUCGAACACUUUCUUGGGCGACAUGUAACGGUCAACCGAACAUCAUGGAACAACUUGUCCAACGAUCUCAGGUUUCAAAGAGCAACCGAAUCCGAGGAACUUUGUGCAGAAGCGUGCGUGAUCGAAGGAGACAAGUGCAUACAGUGGAUGUUCACUCCUGGACGAUGCCAUCUCGGCAGAGACAUCCGCUUCGGUAAGAGCGACGAGCGAGAAGAUGAACACUGGAGAAGUGGCUGGAUCCAAGAGAGAAUCGAUCAAUUCCGGAAAUCUCAAGAAGGCUGC